AUGUUUGUUCAUUCUGAAGCUCUAGAUGCCUCGACUUACGAGACUCAACAGCUAUGUGUCGGUAUCGAGGUGCGAAAGAGCAAGUAUACAUUUCUUGAAGACCGAGGUGCAAUACGCGCGCAACAAGACUGGAACAGGCUUGUCGGCCCGUGCUUCGAAUAUCGCGGAACACUGGGGCCAGAGCACAGUUUUAUAUCUGUUACUGUGCCCGAGUGUCUGCCGGAAAGGCUCGAGGUUAUAUCCUAUGCCAACGAAUUCGCAUUCCUUCAUGAUGAUGUUACGGACAGUGUCAGUUUUGGAAAGGGCGAGGUAGAAAACAAUGACAUGAUGAAUGCGUUUCUCGAGGCAGCCCAUGAUGGAGGCAUUGAUCUAGCAAAGCAAGAGUCAUCAAAUAUGGGCAAAAAGAAAAUGCAGUCUCAGUUGUUUCUGGAGAUGAUGGCCAUCGAUCCGGUAUGUGCCAAGAACACGUUGAAGGCGUGGGCACGCUUCCUAGAAGUAGGGUCCAGCCGGAGACACAACACUCGCUUCUGCAAAAUGGACGAUUACAUCCCGUACCGCAUCAUGGACGUUGGAGAAAUGUUCUGGUAUGGCGUUGUUACCUUUGGUCUCGGUCUCUGCAUCCCAGAGAGCGAGAUGGAUCUCUGCCGCGAGUUGAUGGCCCCAGCCUGGAUCGCCGUUGGCCUGCAGAAUGACCUCUGGUCAUGGCCCAAGGAGAGAGAUGCUGCCGAGAAGCAAGGGCGCGGCCAUGUGAUUAACGCCCUAUGGGUACUCAUGCAGGAGCACAAAACGGAUGUUGAUGGUGCAGAGCAGAUUUGCCGCAGACUGAUCAAGGAGAACGUAGCCAAGUACCUGCAAGUUGUUCGCGCCUCCAAGGACAACGAUUCGCUCUCUAAGGAUCUGCGCAAAUAUAUAAAUGCAAUGCAGUACAGCAUUUCGGGCAACGUUGUCUGGAGCCUUAGCUGCCCAAGGUACAAUCCAGAUAUCUCUUUUAACAAACAGCAGCUGGAGUGGAUGCAUCACGGCGUUCCUGCCUCGGAUGAUUCCCGAGGCCCGGCUUCUUCUGUUGGCUCUCCAGUUUCCGAGCAGUCGGCUGGAUCGAAUCAAAGCCGUAGCACCGCCGGGAAUUUGCUAUUGUUAUCGGACCCGCGAACUCCAGAAACCGAGUACAGUCGGGAUCAUGAACUCCAAAACCCCUUCUGCUUCGAGAGAGAGGUGCUCGAAGCUCCUUUGAAGUACAUUGCAUCACUUCCCUCGAAAGGGGUACGCGAAAAGCUACUCGACGCGCUCCAGAACUGGGCGCGUAGGCCAAUGGAUUUGGUAGCCGAUGUCAAGCAGGUGGUGAACCUGCUGCAUAACGCAUCGCUUUUGAUGGACGAUGUCCAGGACCACUCGCCUUUGAGACGCGGCAAGCCCGCGGCCCAUACCGUGUUCGGAACAGCACAGACUAUAAACUCAUCGAGCUACGCAAUGGUAAAAUCUAUUCACGACAUAGGACGCUUUGCAAGUCCAGAAUGUGCUUGCGCGGUAACAGAGAAAAUCCUGCAAAUGUUUCAAGGACAAGCAAUGGAUCUCUUCUGGACUCAUAACAUCCGCGCACCCACUCUCGAGGAAUACUAUCGUAUGGUUGAAAACAAAACGAGUCAAUUGUUCGUGAUUGCGGCUAUUUUGUUGUUUGACGGCCGGUCCUGCGUAUCGCCGCAAACAAUGGUCACUUUGCAAAAGUUCCUGAUGCUUCUUGGGCGCUAUUUUCAAAUUAGGGACGAUUACAAAAACCUGGCCGGUGACUAUGCAAAAACAAAAGGCUUUUGCGAGGACCUCGACGAGGGAAAAUACUCCAUUAUUCUUAUAUACGCACUGCAGCAAAAGCCCGAGAACCUGCAGCUGGCUAACCUGCUUUCCUACAGGAAAGGCUCAGGAAAGAUGACUUUGGAGCAGAAGGAGUUGGUGCUCGAGAUCCUCCACAAAUCCGGCGCGAUCGAUAACACCAGGCUUGUUUUGGAAAGCUUGCAUAACCAUACCCGGGAUAUUCUGCGGGAGUUGGAGACCAGAUUUGGAUGUUCCAAUCCCGAAAUGGAGGUGAUUCUGGAGCUACUGCGUGUGUGA